AUGAGUUGUACAUCUGAUAAGGAUGAUGCUGAGGAGGGAGUAACCUUGAAACCUAGAAGGGAAAGUAAAUACAUAAGAUAUUCACUUCAGAAGCAUAUUCAGUUAGAUAAGUUUGUCAAUGAGCCUUCAAGGGUGAGGGUCACAUGUAGGGAUGGUUGUCCUUGGUUAAUUUAUGCUAAACUGGACAAUUCAACCAAGAAUUUUCAAAUCAAAACAUACUAUCCUAAACAUAGAUGUGUUCAGACCACAAGAAACUAUAUGUGCAAGUAUAAGUACCUAGCCACCCACUACAAAGAUAGAAUUACUGAACAACCAAACAUCAGAAUUUGCAAACUCCAAGAGGAAAUUAGGAAGGAACUUGGUGUACAUGUCGGCAGGUCCACUGUUAGGAGAGCUAGAUCUAAGGUUUUACUAGAGAUCAUGGGUGAUCAAGAAAAAGAGUUUGGAAGAAUACUUGAUUACAGAGAUGAAGUGUUGAAAACAAAUCCAGGAAGUACUUGUGUGGUGAAAGUAUCUACUACAGAAUUUGCUGAAAAUGGUAGGCCUUGCUUCUUAGGUUUCUACAUCUGUUUUGAUGCCUUGAAAAGCAAGGGUCAACUGCUAGUUGCUGUGGCUAAGGAUGGCAACAACCAGAUGUUGCCAAUUGCUUGGGCUGUUGUGGAGUGUGAGAACAAAACCACAUGGACUUGGUUUUUGAAAAUAUUAAUUGAAGACUUGAACUUAGGCGAUGGGACUGGUUACACAGUCAUUUCAGAUAUGCAGAAGGGGCUUCUUGCCACUAUAAAAGAGCUCCUACCAGAAGUGGAGCAAAGGCAAUGUGCUAGACACAUCCUUGCAAACUGGUCAAAAGAUUGGGGAGGCCUUGAAAGGAGGCUGAUUUUUUGGAAAUGUGCUAGAAGCACAUUUGAGGCAGAUUUGAGGAGAAAUUUGGACAAAUUAGAGCUGCUUGGUGGUGAGAAGAUUGUUGAGGAUUUACUUUACUACAAGGAACACACUUUUUGUAAGGUAUACUUUAAUACUGAAACUAAGUGUGACAUCAUUGACAAUAAUAUGGCUGAGAGCUUUAAUGCUUGGAUCUUGCCUGCAAGACACAAGACCAUCAUAACCAUGCUAGAAGAGAUUAGGAUGAAGGUAAUGAAUAGGAUAAGCGUGAUGAGGUCUUUUGCAAACACUUGGGUCACAAGAAUAUCUCCAAUGGCAUUAAGGACAUUAGAAGAAAACAUGGGGAAGUCAAUGAACUGUAAUAUUGUGUUUAAUGGUGAGCAUGGGUUUGAGAUUCUUGAUGGUCCAUAUCAGCACACUGUUUAUAUUGUCAAUGAGAAAUGUAGUUUUAGGUCAUGGCAGCUCAAAGGAAUACCAUGUCCACAUGCCAUUUGUGCCAUGUUGUACAAGAAGUAUGAACCUAUUGAAUAUGUCCAUGAAUACUAUAGCAAGAAGAACUGGUUCAAAACCUAUUGUCACUACAUUCAACCAAUGACAAAUAUGGCAAUGUGGCCUAGGUCUGCUAAUCCUGCUAUUGCACCACCAAUCAUCAGAAAAAUGCCCAGCAGGCCCUCAAAAGCAAGAAGGAAAGAGGCCAGUGAAGCAAAGAAAUGUGGAAAAAUGCCAAUAACAGGCAUGCUGAUGACUUGCAGCCAAUGUGGAGAGGGGAACAUGACUUCUCAAACAUUUGAUGCUUCUCAAACAUUUGAUGCUUCUCAAACAUUUGCUGCUUCUCAAGCCAGGAUUGAAAUUCAUGGCAAAUGGGAUGGUGAUGGUGGAAAUGAAGGUGGUGGAAUUGGUGGAGAAAAUGAUAGAAUUGGAAAAGAAGAACAUGAUAAGAAAAGGAAAAUAAAAAAACUGUUGAUCUUUGUUCUUGAAAAGCUUAUUUGGGUCACUGAUGAGUGGCUCAUGGCUUAA